AAGGGAAUUAACUGCUGUUUUGUCAAGGAUGUUGGAAACCGAAAAUGGGGGAAAGUUUAGAAGAAGAUCAUGUCAAUUAAGAAGUGAGGAGUUCAGACAGUAAAUGCCUGGUCGAGAACAUAGUGAUGGCUUACGGACAGAGAGAGACGAUUUUCAUGGGGGGUGGUGCAGAAUUUGAAGGAUGGGACCCACGUCGGAUGGACUACGAAGACCGGCAGUUCAACUCUUAUAAUAAGGGCCCUGGAAAUCGCUUAGCAAACCGACAGCGGAGCACCAAGAAUGGAGUCACCCUGUAUGUGCAAAACCUGCCGCUUGGAAUUGACGAACAAGGUCUAACAAACAUGUUUUCAAAUGUUGGGAAAGUAUUGAAAUCACAUGUCAGCAUCUCAACAAGGGACAGCUCACAGUGCAUGUAUGGAUAUGUGGAGAUGUCCAGCAUCCGAGAAGCAGAGGAGGGAAUCCGACGUAUGGACGGUUUCGUUAUCAAUAAAAACUGCCUCAAAGUGCAGGUUGCUCUCUCACAAGAAGAGAAAGAUGCUCGAAAUCGCAAGAAAAAGGAUGAUGAGGAGUUCCUCAGUCAGUUGAACAGUGGGAGAAGAAGCAACAUGGGAAGCGACUCUGAUGAACGUAGUAACUGGGGAAGAUCUCUCCAGGGCAACAAACCAAGAACUGGUCGUGGACGAGCGGAGUUGCUGGAUGAACUGACAGACACGGAGUCGGCGGGUCGCAGACCAGGUCAUGAUAAGAGGAACGAUGGCUUACUUGGGAAUAGUCCUUUUGAAAGUACAAGGGGAGGUAUGGCCCCUGGCAGUUACCCUUAUCAAGGUCAAGGUGGCAGAGGUCAACAUGGCAGAGGAGGUUACCAUGGUAACCCAGGUCACAUGCCAUUACAUGACUACACAGGUGGACAUGGCUUCAUCCCGCCACUGAUGGGACCAGGCUAUGGAAAUAUCAAUAACAACUUCGCACCCCCAGGACGAGGUCGGGGAUUUAUGAACAGUUUCCCUGGUUACAGUGGAAGAGGUAGAUACGGUGAUGGUGGAAAUAUGUAUAAUGGGUCUGGCAUGGGACGAGGGUAUGGUAGAUUUCCGUACCAGGAACACAUCCAGGGUGGCGGCCAUUUCCAGGAUCCAGCUAGAAUGUUCCCUGCAGGCAGAGGAAUGCCGUAUGGGCCCCUUGCACACACCUUCCCACUGCAGGAAAUGAAUCCCAACUACUAUGGACCUGGUCGUGGGAAUUCCUUCCCUGGCCCUAGUAGGCCUGGCUACUUCACAGACACGGAGAGAACUGUGAAAGAGAAGCCUGCAACCAAGGCUGACAGUCGACCGUGCCUGUUCUGCAAGAAGAUCGGCACGUUACAAUGUAUGAGAUGCAAGAUGCCGUACUGUUCCCGCAAAUGUCAGCAGAGAGACUGGGAGAAGGGCCACAAGAGUCUGUGUGUCGAGAUAAGUGGUAUGAGAAAUUGUUCAGCAGAGGAACUGGACAACCGGUUUGAAGUUAGUGUGAACGAGGACUUUUUUGAGAAUGGCAGCACAACUGGAAGAAAGCCACCACCGAGGGAUGUGAGUGAUUCCUCCUCUGAAGGAUCGAAGAGGGGUGGGCGUGGCAGCCGUGGACAUGGGGGUAAGACAAGCACCAAGACCAAGCAAAGUAAGAAAAUGACCCCACCUAAACAGUCUCCACCUAAAGACAAGAAGCCAGCUAGUGGCGGCAGUGGUGGACAGACCAAAGCUCACCCGCAAGCAGCGGGUGGCAAACAUGGAGCAACUGCAAGUCUGCCCAGCAAGAAGACCAUCCCAAGUCCACAGGCAGUGACUCGCGUUUUCUUCAAGAACAUUACUAGGACACAACUACCUCUUGGUAGCUCUCUGCAGGUUGUUGUGACUCACGUCGAGAACCCCACAGAGAUCUGGAUUCAGAAGGCCGUCUACGAGGACCUGGAGAAACUUGAGCAGCUGAAGGAAAUGAUGAACAAGGUCUGUGGCGGCAGCACCAACAAGGUGACAGCACCCAUGGUGGGCGACGUACUGGCAGCACAGUUUGAGCAACAGUGGUAUCGUGCUGUUGUCAGGUCUCUCAAAGCUCCAGAUAAUGCCACAGUGUUUUACUUCGACUACGGCAACACGGCCACAGUAACAUACUCUAAGCUGGGGAAUGUGACAGAAGAAAUGUGCAGACUCCCUGCUCAGGCUGUCCACUGUUGCCUUGGUGGCGUGCGUCCCGUGAAGGAAGGAUGGAGCCAGGAGCUAGUGGCCAUGCUUCGCUCGGAGCUGCAGCACGGAGUGUGUGUGUUCCAGGCCGAUGAAGAGAAGGAUGGCAGAUACACAGGGCAGAUGUUCCUUCCUGACGGAGGCGCAUCUGUGAAGGACAUGCUUAUUGAAAAGGGACUUGCUCGAUCCAAGGGCCCACUGAUGGUGGCCUCGGACAUGACGACUUUGUCUGAAUCUCUGCAUAUCGGGCGGGAGAUGACCAUCCUCAUUCUGGACUGGAAGUCGCCGCUCCACUUCUCCGCCCAGCUGAUGGAGGCCGACAAUGUGGACAACUUCCACUCCCUCAUAGAGGACAUCAAGACUGCAUGUCACCAGGAAGGCCCCCACACCAGCCCAAGAGUUGGGGAGUUUGUCAUUGGUCAGUGGACGGAUCUUGCUUGGUAUCGAGCUGAAGUUCUAGAAGUGGAUAAGACCAAGGUGAAGGUCCUUUACGUGGAUUUCGGCAAUGUAGAGGACAUUGACAUAACAGCUGUUCGAGCUGGAAGGGAGGCAUUUGCACGACUCCCCAUACAAUGUCUGAUUUGCCAACUUCACGGAGUUACUGCCCCUGAAUCGGGAGUCUGGCCUAAAGAAGUCAAUGAGCUGUUCAAAAGCCUUGCUGGCACAGAUGGAGUGAGAACAGAAGUCCGGGCAGUAGUGAAGUCAAAACAAGACACAAGGCUUGCUGUUGAACUAUAUGAUGUCAAGAAUAAACCGAUUUCUGUUGCUAUCGCUGCAAAGCUGAAAGAAUGUAUUCAGAGUGUUCCAAAGAUGGACACACUGCCAUUGGAUGGUACGUCAGUCCAGGUUGCCAUGACAGAAGUUGUGUCAUGUGACUGCUUUUAUGUGCAGCGUGUGCAGAUCGACGAUGAGGCUGCAGCGAUGAAGAUGUUGGAGGCACUGGAGGAGUGUGGAGGGUCUCCAGCGUACACUACGCCGACCCUGGGAGAAAUGGUGGCAGCUAAGUACAGCCAAGAUAACGCCUGGUACAGAUCAGUUGUAACGAGCGUCACCGACUCUCACUGCGAAGUCAUGUUUGUAGACUAUGGAAACGGAGAAGAUGUACCAGUCUCGAGCAUCAGGAAGCUGGACCACUCAGCCAGGUUACUGCCACAACGGGCCAUGAGAUGUCGCCUGGCGGGACUACACGAGGGUACUGCCUCCCAGAAAGACCUACUCAAGCAGCACGCUAACACGGCAGUACAAGUCCUGGCUUUGUCUGAGACCGAGGGUGUGUAUGAUGUCAAGGUCACUCUGAUGGAUGGGCAGUGCUUGAAUGAUGUGUUAUCUGCCCCUGUAACGUCAUCUGCAGUUUACACGCUCAAUGAUGUUGCCAUGACAACUCCACCUGGUGGCAAGUCGCCUGUGAUUGUGGUGCGUGUUGAACACCCUAGUUCAUUGUACUGCCGACUUGUUGACAAGGAAGCGGAAGAAGCUUUCACCAUCCUGUCUCGUGACAUGGGCCUGUUCUACAAGGGGCAGACAACUCCUGUUGCUGAUCCCCAGCUGAACCAGCUGUUCUGUGCAGAGGUGGAGGGUUCCUGGUACCGGUGUGUGGUGGUGGAGCGGAGGGGUGUGGCGGUGCGUGUCCGCCUGCUGGAUGUGGGAACUAUGGAGGAGCUGUCGGUGAUGGACCUGAGAGCCAUGAAACCAGAGUUCCUGGCGCUCCCAGUUCCUGUGUUCAAGUGCUCCCUGCAUGGAAUCAAGCCCACUGGUGCCACAUGGAUCCAAGAUGCCGUGGACGCAGUGAAGCGGAUCGAGGGGCAGAUGUUGCUGAUGACCCUGAAGGGGAAGACAGAUGAAAGCUACCAGAUCCAACUGUCAGACACAGACGAUGAAGCUGUCGAAGUCAGCGCCAUCCUUGUGGGUCAAGACCUGGCUGUAUCAGCAGAACGACCGGGCCAAGCCUCCAGCGAUCCACCAAUCAUAGCUGCUAGUCUACAGAAGUCAUCACUACCACUGGACGGCACUGAGAUAGAAGCCAUAUCGUCUCACGUACAGGACUUUGACGAGCUGUUCAUCCAGGUCGUGCAGGGCGCCCUUGCCCUGAGAGACCUGAUGCUGCAGGUGAAUGUGGUCUGCCAGAAUUCGGAUGCCACCCUCAUUCCAGGCAAGGGGGAGAUGGUUGCUGCUCUGUUUGAGGGGGACUGGUACCGGGCUCGAGUGGACGGAGUCAAGGAAACAAACUGUCGAAUCUUCUUCGUUGAUUACGGGAACUAUGACAAUGUGCCUUUCUCAUCUAUCAAGAAGCUGGAUCCGGAGUUCUGCCAGAUUCCCAUACAAGGAAUCCAUUGCUCGCUGGCUGGGGUGAACAUUAAGAAUGAUAAAGAAAAGUUGAAACAGCUGCAGGAAGUUGUGUCAGGGGUGAAGCUGGUUGUCAAGGCGAUCAGUGUUUCUGGAAGCAUCUUCAGUGUCCAGAUCCAAGUUGGCCAACAUAAUGUCAAUGAGUUGUUCCUGUCAAAACCAGACGUUGUACCAAAGGAAGACAUCUUGACACAUCUUACUGAAACCAAAGAAACAUCUGCUGAGACAUUACAGUCUGACUCUGUACCUGUCCCAACGUUGCCGUCUGCUUCUUUGCCAACAGACGGAUCUGCAGUGGAGGCAGUUGCCACAGACGUCCAGAGCUUCUCUUCAAUAUAUAUACAAACCAUAGAAGGGUUCAUUGCUAUGCAGGAAUUCACAGUUGUGUUAAUCACGCAAUGCAUGAAGGACGAAACAACCAUUGCACCUAAAGUGGGGGAUUAUGUUUGUGCUUGUUUCAGUGAGGACAGUGUGUGGUAUCGAGCGCUUGUCACUGAGGUGACAGACUCCACGUGUAAAGUUUUCUUUAUUGAUUACGGAAACUCAGACACUCUUCCCUUCUCACAGAUCAAGAAGCUUGAUGCUAGUUUGCGCAGCCCCCCAAUACAGGGAAUGAAAUGUCGGCUGGAUGGAGUUGAUGGAGGUAGUCCCGAGAUGCUGGAGAAACUGAAACAGACGAUCAGGGACGUGCAUCUUAAGGUCAACGCUGUUGGGAGACAGGACGAUGUGUACAGCGUGGUAAUAGAGGUCAACGGCACCAACGUAAACGACAUGUUUACAACAGAUGUGAAAGACCAACAGCCAAUGAAGUUUGUGAGUUUGGCAACGGAUGGGACUGACAUUAGAGCGGUUGCUACGUUUGUUCAAGGAUUUGAUGUCAUAUACAUACAGACACAAGAUGGACACAGUGUCCUCUCCGACUUGAUGGACGAGAUGAACGCUCAGUGUACCAAGAAUCCUUUCACCAUCAAGCCACGGGUUGGAGAUCAUGUGUGUGCUUUCUUCAGCUCUGUUGAUGAGUGGUACAGGGCCAGGGUUGAUGAAGUUACAGACUCACAAUGCAACAUGUUCUCUCUGGAUUAUGGUAUUUCUGAAACAGUUCCAUAUUCAUCAAUAAAGAGGCUUGAUAAGCAGUUCCGUUGUUUCCCAGUCCAGGGUAUACGUUGUUCACUGGAUGGUGUACCUGUGAAGGAUGACCCUGAGAUGAUCACUAAACUUCGGGAGAUGAUCACAAACAAACACCUCGAUGUCAGAGUUACUAACGAGAGAGAUGGUGCCUACAGUGUUGAAAUCAGGGUAGAUGAUGAACUACUUAACGACUACUUCCGUACAAAUAAUAGAACAGCUUCUCUUGAAACAAAACCAUCUCUAACAACCCCUUCAAACAUUCAGCAAUCUCAAAUACCCCAAGGUCUACCCUCUAAAACAUUCACUCCCGAAACUCCAUCAUCUGGGGUGACCUCACCAUCUCCCUCACCUCCUGCGUUGCGGAUUAUGAAGUAUGCCCAGCUACCUCUAGGAACCACGGUGGAUGCAUUAACUACAGAUGUCCAUGACUUUGACUGUAUCACCAUCCAGACGAUCAAGGGCUGCACUGACCUGCUGCCAGUCAGGGAGGAGCUGAAAGUUUAUUGUACGAACACAUCCGACUCUGUCAUCCCUGCUGUCGGGGACACUGUUUGUGCUCUCUUCUCAGAAGACAAGGAGUGGUACAGGGCCAGGAUCGAUGAAGUACAGGACAAUGUCUGUCAGGUCUUCUUCCUGGACUAUGGAAACUCAGAUAAGGUCAAAAUUACCGAUUUGAGAAAAGUGCCUGAUGACUUCUUGACUUUACCCAUCCAAGGUAUCCAGUGCUCUUUGCAAACAGUGUCCAUCAGGAACAAUCAGGCGAAGAUUGAAGAGUUAAAGAACAUAAUUUCCAAUGUGAAGUUGUCGGUGAAAGCACUCAGCAGGAAUGCGAAUGUGUACAAUGUGGAAAUGUUGGUUGAGGAAACAAGCCUCAAUGACAUGUUCGCCACGGCACCUUCUGAAGAUCAGGAUCUGGCCACGAUAGAACUCCCACGAGGAACAUAUGAUGCCAUUGUGAUGGACAUUCAGGACUUUGACUCUAUCUACUUCCAGACAUUUGAAGGUUAUCUGGAGGUCAUCGAGUUAAUGAAGGAGAUCAACGUCAGCUGCACCAACUGUCCCGACUCCAUCACACCUCAAGUCGGAGACGCAAUUUGUGCUCUCUUCCUACAUGACAACACCUGGUACCGAGCACGUGUAGAGGAGGAAACGAAAGAUGGGAGAUACAGGGUCUUCUUCUUUGAUCAUGGUAACUCGGAUGUUGUACAGCCUGCCCAAAUAAAAAUGUUGGAGAAGAGAUUCCGUUCAUUACCAGUCAAGGGGUACCGAUGUCAUCUGAAUAAUGUCACAGUCCGAAACGAUCCUGUGAAACUGGCUCUUUUUGCAGGAGAAAGUUAGUGCGUGAAACUACAGGUGACUGUUUUAGACAAAGUUGAUGAGGUUUACAGUGUUGAGAUUAAGGUGGAAGGUGAAAGUAUUAAUGACCUCUUCAACGCACCUGUGGUCCAGGCAAUGGCCUGCAGUGAAAUCCCAAUCGACGGGUCGUCAGUUGAAGCUUGUGUAACACACAUUGAGGAUUUUGACGCCAUCAGCAUCCAGACUGUUGAAGGGGCCUUAACACUUGAGCCUCUCAUGAAAGAAAUCAACAUCAGGUGUUCAAGUAAUCCAAACACCAUCACUCCAAAAGUUGGGGAUAUGGUCUGUGCUUUCUACAGCCAAUACCAGUCGUGGUAUCGGGCGAGGGUUGAUGAGGUCACAGAUACUGAUUGUCAGGUUUUCUUCUGUGACUAUGGAAACUCUGAUAGAGUGGAAUUACAGAUAGUAAGGGAGUUGGAGUCCGAGUUCGCUGUUCUGCCACAGCAAGCAGUCAUGUGCAGCCUGGAUGGGGUGGACGUCCGGAACAACAGGGAGGAGCUGAUGAAGCUCGCUGAGAAGGUCGAGAACCAGAAGGUGAUCAUCACAGCAUCCUCCAUGAAGGACGGGGGUGUACAAGGUCAAGAUGUGCCUGGAGGAUGGUGCCACAAGUGUCAACUCAAUGUUCCAGCCACAGUGCCCCGACGAUGAUGAUGAUGAUGACGAAGAUGAAGAAGAGGCUAUACGGAAACAGAUUGAAGAGCUGCAGCUCAGACUUGCAUCCAAGACAAAAAAGAAGACCUAGAUGUUGGUGACAUUGUCGUCUGUAACAGCCGUUGCUGCAUCAUUCCUCCUGCUCUAUGUUCUCAGCACCUGAGGUUACACCGAGGACAAGACGACUUCAUCCUGAUGUUCCAUGCAUUACGCAUUUAUUAAUGUUUUGUGACCCGAAAGAUGAAAGUUGUCAUUAUAUUUGUUCAAGUUCCUUAAGAAAGGAAAGCGGCUUUUGCUUUUUAUAAUCAUUUUUGUCAGUUUGGAUUUUGAUAUAUGCGAUAUUCAAGGCUUUUAACAUUUUGAACCCAUAUUCUAUUUGUGCCAAAUUCUGACUUUGCUAUUGACACUAAAAUGUACAUGCCAUAUCAGCAGUCUUUGAGAUUUCUGAUGAAACUUUCUGAUUAUUACUGCAUUAUAACCUUACAGAAAACAAUCCUUUAAUGUUUGCUUUCCAGAUUCUACUGGCAAUUCCCCACAUCAUAGUUACAGUCAGUGAUGCCCAUUUCUGGUGCUGAAAUAUUUGCUAAAAGCGGCGAAAAACCAAUUUCUCACUCCCACUUGCUCACUCACUCCUUUCCAUGGUUACCAUGGUGACAGUUUUGAUGUGUUUGGGUGAGGUGUUUUUUUGUAGCUGGAAACAUAUCCAAAGGGAUUGGAGGGAGGUGUGAAAUGCACGGUGUAAGAUCUGUAAGGUAUUCAUAAAUAUACACCUUAUCGUAAAAUUUAAUUUUUUUUCUAUCUAUACUAGAUGUUCGAUCACACCAGUACCUCUGGUGUGUACUUUUCUGGUGUCUCCCACCAUGAUAUUGUUGGAAUAUUGCUAAAAGCAGCAUAAAACUAAACUCACUCACUCACCCACUCACUCUGUGUACUUGAUGUAAUAUAUAUAUCAGAGGUAGGGCUUUUGAAGGAAUUUUCAAGCCAUACUUAUCAUAGUGUACUUGCUGUUUUAGUCCCUCCCACCUCCCCAAUAUAUCGGCAACCAUGAAUGAAUGUUGGAUGCAUAUGAAGAAGCACUAGUGCAGAUGGCAGGGUUUGCCUCACAACUAUUAAACAUGUUGGCAUUGAAGAGGAGGAGUCUGUUUAAAAAUCAGAAGAGUUUAUGGUGUGAUUGACAGUCAUAACAGAAAUGAUAUGACAUGACAGUUAACUGAUUUCUGGAGUCCCCUGCCAGAAUAUUGCUUGAAGCAAAAUUCAGUGUUGUCAGUAUGGCUUAAGACACAGGUUAGUAUGCAGUUUGUCAUUAGUUACCUCCCUUGUUUUAAGCAAGACCUGUUACUGUCAACUAAUGCCAGUAUGUUUGUGAAUUAUUAAGGAAUGUUAGGAUCUGAAUCAAACAUUCUACAAGGGACUCUUUUCCAGUGACGUGUUUUGCUUUCAAAGAGACAGUACAUUGGAGGUUCUGUAUGUUUUAUGUCAUGUUAAAAAUAUUUUCUGAGUGUGACGUUACACCUUUAGUUUAUGCCUGAGGCUAUUCUUCAACCAAAACAAAUGAAUUCUGCACUGUGAAACCCACAUUUGGUUGCAAAAACAGCUAGGUAUCGAGUUCAUUUUAGAAGCAGUGAAUCUGGAUACUACUCACAACAAGUUAGGGAACACCAACAGUCAGAGGCUGCCACCCAACUGGCAUGACAUUCACUGUGGGUGUAUGUACAAAGUGGUGGUCCUUAACAGGUGAGAAGUAUAUAUCAAGCAAUCAUUUUCAGUUCUUAGGAAAGAGUAAAUAUUACAUGAAAAUGAUUAUCAAAUCGAACUAAGUACAAAGCGUGGUACCACCCUUCCUGUGGAACCUGCCACAAGUUCUGUAUGGUAGGAUCCCCUUGUUGCACACUGCGACCAAUCAUGUCCCAGAUAUGCUCCAAAGGGUUAAGAUCGGGGCUACCACCAUGUACAAAACGUGGUACCACCCUUCCUGUGGAACCUGCCACAAGUCCUGUAUGGUAGGAUCCCCUUGUUGCACACUGCGACCAAUCAUGUCCCAGAUAUGCUCCAAAGGGUUCAGAUCGGGGCUACCACCAUGUACAAACCGUGGUACCACCUGUGGAACCUGCCACAAGCCAUUGUCUCUCUACCUGUAUUACUGCUGUCCCUAUCCAUACAAAUCUAACUGAUAACUGAACUUCGUGCAAUCUUCUACCCAGCCUGGACCACAGGUUCAUGUGGGGGUGUGUCUGUCUGUCCAGCAUGUUGUCCAUCCAUGAUCUUCAACUGUGAAAACAGUGGAACCAUUUUGCCACAGCUGAAACCUUCAAAGCAAAUUCCUCCAUUCCAGUUUAGGGGUGUUACAGUCUUCCUGUAAAUUUAAGUGAGAUGUAGAGAUUAUUUUGAUCUUGCGUCAAUUAUGCCUUUUGAUCUUCAAAUGGUAACGUGUCAUUGUGUGAUAUUUGCGAUCCCCAUUACAAAGGUUGUUUGUUGUUUAACACGCACUCAGCAAUAUUCCAGAUAUAUGGCAGUAGUCUGUAAAUAAGUCUUGUCCAGACAACCCAUUGAUCAAUAUAAUGAGCAUCAAUCUACACAAUUGGGAUACGAUGACGAUGAGCCUGACUGCCUGAUUCAGUUAGUCACCUGUUUUAUGAGCAUAGGUUGCUGAAGACCACUUCUAAACAGCAUCAGCACGGGUCCCUUUACACUGACUAAAUUUAGUUGGGGUUAAAGUGUGGCAAUAUGUGUUUACUCAUUGUAUGGUUGGAUGGUCUCACAAAAUUUGAUCACUGACAUUGCAAAUAUCCAAAAGUGAGCUACAUAACUUUUAGGCAUGAUUUGGACAUGGAAAGGAAUGUAUGACAAGUAUUUCAUCCACUUUCAAAUUAUUAAUUUGUAACCAAGUAAAGUAAAAUUUGUGAAAACCAA